AUGCCUCCGCUUGAACCACCAUCUAUAAUACCAGCGCAGCUCUCGUUCCUGACCAUAUACAACCCGUCGCUCGGGACCACGGAUGAGACCCUUCAGGACCAGAUUGUGUUCUACUACUCAACUCCGAAUCAAACAAAGCUACCAGGAGAUGUGCCGGAAAGGGAUACGGCGAGCACAGACUCCUCUAAGGAAGAGAAUAAAAGACUACGCCAUGUAGGGCUUGCGCAAGGCAUGGUGAGCUUCGCCAAAAACUUCUCAAGCGGAGAGCCCGUCGACUCAAUAGAGACCGAAAACUCUCGAAUUGUUUUGAAAGAGUUGGAGCCCGGUUGGUGGAUUCUAGCGAGUAUUGACUUGACAAAAAUAAUACAUGUCCAAAAAGGGUCGACAAGUUCCAGAGAAGAGACCUCAAAUGAUAUCCAGGUUGAAUACUCUUCGAGAGAACUAUCAUCUCCAUAUCUCCUUAGCCAACAACUCUCAAAGGCGUAUUCCAUAUUUUUGCUACAUCAUGGCAGUUCUUUGGCAAGUCUUUACAAAACCAUAUCAAGGAAAACCUUCUGCAUCUAUCUUGACCGAUAUUGGACACGGUUUGUGUGGAGUUGGGAUGUUUUGCUCAAUGGCAACCCAGCAAUAGAUCUCUUUUCUGCCACCAAGCUAGCUGGAGGCGGAGAGCUUGGAAUAGGAGUUGGUGAAGAGGAAUGGGGGAGCGGUGAACGAGAGGUUCUAGAAGGGUUCAUCUCGAGGACAGAAGGUUUGGUUGAUAUGGUAGUCUCAAGGUUUGGUGAUGCCGAGAAUCCCUUAAGAGAGGAGACACCUUCCAAAGAGGAGCCUACAAAGCCUUAUAAACAAGAGUGGACUGGCCGUAUGAUGUUGCCUGGUCCGCAAGACGGUGUCAUAUUUUCUGGGAUCGGGGCAUUGUCACGGGAAUCUUUAACACACGUUUCUCAGUGGAUGGAAUGGGUGUAUAGAUAUGGUGAAGACGCUUAUGGAGUACGUGGUGAUCCUAAAUCGACUCGCCGGCGGAAGAGAAAGCAAAAACGCAAAGAAAAGCAACCCAAGAACUCCCAGUUGGAAGCAAAUACCAGCCCAGUUCCAGUGAAACCACAUCAUGAGCCAUCGAUCCAGCCUACCGAAUUUUCUCCACGGAUCCCUCCUCCCUUAGUUGUCACUUCGGCGAAACCCAAGGGCUCAGAAACUGGUUUUAAGUCCCCGAAAGCACCAAGCGACAAAGCUGCAGAUUCGUCCACCUUUGGGACGGAAAACAUUCUCAAUAUCAUUACCUUAGGAUAUGGAUCCGCAUGGGGGGCCACUUCAGAUAGCCCAUCCUUGAACACUGGUACUAAUUCCGACCAGCCACGAAGUACACCAAAAAAUCUGUCAUCUAAUCCACAUCAAAAACAAUCCGGCCGGGCGGUGGAAUCCACUGGUAGAUUCCUAAUAGGCCUCCGUGAUGACCUUGAAAAUGAAGAAAGUGACAGUGAAAAUAUAGAGGAGGAAAAUUCGAUAGUUGAAUCUACUAAACAGCUUACAUCCAGUAAGAUUAUUGUACGAAAGCUAGAGGUGAUGGUGCAAUCUUCGUCACUCCAUGAAGACUCCUCCCCUACACUUGUUUCCAAGUCACUGCAAGUCGUCAUAUACCUGUACCAACCAUUCAUGUUCACCUUUUUGUUUGAGUGUGGCACAAAGGCCCUUUCAUCCGCUAGCUUCUAUCGAACUAUCCACCAUCAAAUCGGGCCACUACAGAAACCCCUGCUUUCUUCUACGUCGCCUUCAAAAAUAGUAGAGAGGCUCUCCCGCUACGACCUCCACCAGUUCGCCAGGGGUCAAGGUAAAUCUUCCUCCGAAGAAACCCUUUACGAUAUCAUCUAUGAGCCGUUCCAUCGGACCAUCCGAACCUCACUACCAAACAUCCCAGAACCGGAAAUACCAUCAGACCAGAUUAGAGCGUAUAACAACCCGAGGGAUAUCAGUCACUUACCUCCUUGGAGUCGUGCAGAUGCCCUCAAUGUGUACGCCCAGAUAAUCAAUACCUACUUGGAGACCAAGCCCCAAUCAUCCGAGCUGGAAAGAAUAUGUAAAACGAACCGUGGUUGGUGGGUCCUUUGGAUGCGUUUACCUACACCACCGGACCUCCGCAGCCCGCAUGCGACCUCCAGCAACAGCGAGAAGAGCGGCUCGAGCGAUGCACAAUCGCAAGCUACAGCUGGAAUCUCCUCGAAACAUCUCGAAAGCCACAUGUCAAGAGAAGGGCGUUGCGAGUCCACUGCUAAUGUAGCGUUCCUUGUGAGAAAAGCAAGUGAUUUCAAACAGUCGGGCAGAGGACACAUCCGAAGCCAAAGCGGGCCGGGAUUCUUUCGAAGUAUUGGAGGUCGGUUCGGAAGAGAACUGGAAGGGUGGUCCGGGACGCCCGGAGGACUCGUCGAAGGAGUUGGGCUUGAUGCAAAGAAGUAUAUUGAUGCAUUAAUCAACCUAAACAGGUAG